GCACAAGGCGUAUUUACAGAACAUCAUUUUAAUUCGCCUUAAUACACAUGUGCUUUAAAAUUAUUUGUUUAUUGUUUAUUCUACUCUAAAAUAGUAAAGUGUAAUAAUUUAUUUAUUAAAAAAAUUGUUAUAAACACAAAAUUACAUAAAAAUGUCGUCUUGGAAGAAAGCUUCCAAAAGCAAUCAGAAGGUACACAGGGAAAGACAUCAGCCAGAAUCGCGGCAACAUUUGGGUUUAUUAGAAAAGAAAAAAGACUAUCGCAAAAGAGCUCGCGAUGCUGAACGGAAAGCCAAAACUUUGCAAAUUUUGCAUAAACGAGCCCUCAACAAGAAUCCCGAUGAGUUCUAUCAUCAUAUGAUACGUUCCAAGUUGCAUGAUGGAGAGCAUCAUGAAGAGGAGGAAAAAGAUGAACACAGCAAGGAGCAAUUGGCCUUGAUGGAGACACAAGAUAUAAAGUACGUAACAAUGAAGCGUACUAUGGAGGCAAAGAAAAUAAAACGGUUGCAGUCACAGCUCCAUAUGAUAGACUUUGCUAAUACAGUGCCAAAUAAACAUUUGUUUUUUGACGAAAAAUUUAAAGACGCUGUAUCCGAGGACGAGGAAGAUGUGGUGCUUAAGGGCAAGGAGUUGAGUGAUAUGGAAUUAGCUGAACGUUUAGAAACUCACCCCAGCAUGUUGGAUAGAAAAACUAAUAGACCAAGAUUAAAAGAUUUAGAAAAAUUACAUAUUCCUGAAUUAAGUCCUGAGGAAAUCAAAAAGGCAAACUUGUUGAAACAACAAGCCUAUCAGGAGCUUACUAAACGCAUUGAACGUGAGAAGGAGCUGGCAGUGGUCCAACAAAAAUUAGAAAUAAAGCGUGCCCUUCAACAGCCUCGUUUGUUGAAGCCCAAAAGAAAACAACGUGGCACCAAAAAUGCAGCUCCAGUAUAUGAAUUUAAAUAUGAGCGUAAAAAGUGAAUAUCAAUUAUUGUUAUUUACAAUUACUAGCCUUUUAUGGAAUAAUUUCGUUUAUAGCUGAUUGAAAUAAAAUUUUAUUUAGAUAAGUAAAAUUA